CCUCGCAGAGGUUGCCGCUCAGUCUGCAUCGAGCGUUCAGACGGUUUGGUUUGGUUCAGUUUUUCUCUGCCAGCGGUUAGCCGCCUCAGCGCUUUAAAAACUAAAUCUCAAAAACAAAAAACAAAAACAACAAAGCUAAAAGGCAACCUUUAAGCAGAAAAAAUACAAAAUCUAACUAACUCUGAGCCGCGAAAAUUAUCGGGCGGUGUGAACUGUUGUCCGCUAAUUCGAAAAUAACGAUUCGAAAUUUGGCCAUUAAUCGAAAAUAAAGUGCAACGAGGAACGACCGACAGCCAGCGGCAUAUUGGCAUUAUACAAAUCAAAUGAAUAUAAUCCAAAAACACAAUAAAGGAAACGUUAGCAGCUAAUUCGCAUUUGAUUAUUUUAUGUUUCUAUUUCGUUUCGAAUAUUGCGAUUUGAUUGCGUGCCUCAUCUGGUAGCGAAAUAUAGAGUGCGGUGGAGUGGUCAUCAAACCAUCGGAUUACAGAGCUAUAAAAUUGGAUACGAAGAUACAUAUCUAAUAGAUCAUCAUAAUGCUGGUGAGACAUUUAAAUAGCCUGCCUUGGGCUCUGCUGGUGGUUCUACUGCUGACCGCUUUGAAGCUCCAUGUGACCAAUGCUGAAUCGACUGCCGAUCAAAAGGAGGAGGAGGUGGAUAGUUCCAGUACGGAGAGCAACGAGAUCAUUCCCAGGGAAGCUAUUCAAAAGCUAGAUUACUCUGUGAGACAGGCUUUACUUCGAGCCAUUGAUAAACUGGAGCAGGAAGAGGCGGCAGCCACGGAAAGUGGUGAGGAGAAUACCAGCAGCAGUGGUUCCCGUUCUCUACUCCGUACAGAAACCACCACUCUGCCAUCGCAUCGCGAAAAGGAUGAGAUUCUGGAGGAGAGCACACGGGGUAACGAACCGGAGCCAGUGGUGCCGACAGUUCAAUUCUACACGGCCACCUUUGACGAAAAGAAUGCCCAGGAGCAGCUGCUAUCUUCCUUUAUCGACCGUUCCAAGCUCUGGAAGAAGACCACAAUACGUAAACAGAACUUACCUGCCAUUUCCCUGCCACUUGAACCGAAAUCCGCAGAGGCCGAGGGUCCAGAGAAUCGACAACUCACCCGUAGUGUGGACAGCUCCAGUUCCGGAUCCGUGAGCAGCAAUGAGAUCUCCCAUGACAGCGGCAGUCACGAGAUCAAAUUCGAGAUCAGCAAUGUAAGGAAGACCACCACGCCCACGACAACCACAACCUCGACAACGACCACAACCACUACGCCAAGACCUCGCACCACUAGACGUCGCACCACCACGACAACAACGACAACUACAACCACCACUCCCAGACCCACCCAUAACGAAGAUGGGGAGAACAUAGAGCUAGUGGACAAGCAGGACAUUCGUAUUCAGGAAGCCCCACUGGUGACCGCCUUUACCGUUGAUCUGGACGAGCGUGGCACGGCCCAAAAGUUCCGCCCAUUGCUGGCGGGCAACCAGCAUCACCGCACCACCAAUUUCGCAGUACCACAACAACAGCAACCGCAGCUGCCACACAUUGGACCCACCAUCACUAAACUGAGUGUUUUGGAAACUGAGCCACCGGCCAAUGCGCUACCCACACAGUUUCCACCCACCAGCAGUACCACCACCCAGAUUAGCACGAGCACCAGCACCUCUGCCGGCGGUGGUUUCUCCACCACUCCAGGUUUCCUGUCCAGCUCCACCAGUAAUUAUGUGAAGCAGGAACCCCUGAACAAUCUCUCAGAGCCACCAAGUGUCAAUAACUACCUGAUCGAGCGGCAGCGGGCUCUGGAGCAACAGAUCUACCAGCUUAAGGUUCAGGCGCAGCAGCAACAGGCUCUGAUCCUGCGCCAACUGAAGCUGUUGGAGGAACAGACUCAAAGUCGUUUCCAGGGCACACCGAUUGCCCAACCCAGCACAUUGCAGCCACAGCAGCAACAACAACAGCAACCGCAACAACACCUCCAGCAGCAACAGCAACUGCCACAAGUACAACAGCAACAUGGUUCGCUGGAGGCCAUUCAAACGGGCCUGCAACCGCCCUCUUUGGGCGGUGGUUACUCCAUAAGACCUUCGGUGGAAUUUAUACCCAGCACACAUACCAAAACUGUUAUUUAUCCCACAUAUCCAAUUGAGCAGCAAUUGCCGCUGCGCGAUGCCGUUUCGGGUCAUAAAUUCGCCCUGCACAAUGGCAACGUAAACGCAAAUAACUAUCAGAAGCCGCCAGCAAAUGCAGUUCAACAGAUUUUCCAAAAUUUGCAGCAAUCUCUGCAGAAAUCGAACGAAAACCCUCAAGUCCAGCCCUCCAAUCAGUUCAACUUUGCACCGGCUGAGGCAUCGCAACUUCAGGCCUUGCCCCAUAACAAUUACAAGCCAUUUCAACAGCAGCAGCAGCAGCAACAGUUGCUGGUGCCCAACUACGUCAGCAAUGCGGUGUUCCAACAGCAACAAAGGGCUCGGCAAUUCCGCCAGGAGACGGGAGUGGGUAACUUUGGCCUGAAUUCCAAUGUGGAGAUUCAGCCGAGCAACUCCUUUGCCACCACAAUUGUUAGCCAACAGCCUGGCUUAAAUAGCAAUCCCAGUCUGGAGAAUCAGAAUUUCUACAGGCAACAUCUGACGCCACAGUUGAGCAACCAGUUGCAGCAGAACGCCCAGCAAUAUCUGCAGCAGCAGCAGCAACAGUUGCAGCAACAACAGCAACCAAAAGCCAGCGGCGACAUUAGUCCAGCUCUCAACCAUGGGAUACCGCAGUUCGCCUCACAAAACCUGCACUUCAACGGGGCCUUUUGAGCACUUGCACCACCAAAAACCCCCAUCACCACCAGCAGCACCACCAUACCGCACUACCACGAACUCCAACACACCUCCUGCUCCUGAGUCCUUUCUUUUACCCAGAAUCAAAUAUCUACCGCCCUCAACGUUGACAUAAGUUUUACGUACAACAUCUUUGUAAAUAUACAUUUUAUUUUAAAACAUAAGCAUCGACCUAAGGAAAAUAUAAAAAAGAGAGCAGGAUGAGCAAGGUAAAGUGGAAUUUAUGGUGAGACAUAACUGGCAGAGCAAAGUGUUGAAAUGUAAUAAUUAUUUAUUUUCUAUGUGAAUAAAGUUUAUCUUAAAGUACAA